CAUUCACCUGAAGGCAACCACCGCGCGCACGAACAAAUAAACGGUCAUUCUCGAACGGAACCCAUCGAAGGCCAAUCGAUUUUCGCUGAUAUAGCUCAAAAUAUUUGCCCAACAUGCUAAAAUUUCCCACUGCCUUGAGCAUGAGUUUCCUGCUAGGGCUCAUGCUGGCCGUUAGCUGCUGGGCUGAACUGGAGGAAAAGCCACGCGAUAAACGUCAGGCGGAUAAGCUGCACAUCACGUUGCUGUACGAGUCCCUUUGUCCGGAUAGCAGGAAUUUCAUGCACCAACUGGGACCCGUCCACGAGGAGCUGCAACAGUACAUGGACAUCCAGUUGGUGCCGUUCGGCAAGUCCCGGUCCGAGCAGGGCGGCGCCAUCUUCCACUGCCAGCAUGGACCCGCCGAGUGCGAGGGCAACCGUGUCCAGAGUUGUGUCAUCAGCAGCACCGCCAAUCAGUCGGCUCAAGUGAAAUUCGUUGUCUGCCAGAUGUUCGCCUUGGAUUCUUCUCGCGCUGAUCAGUGUGCCAGCGAGGCUGGUCUCCUCACCGACGUGGACCAUUGCGCAGACAGCGAGACUGGCACCAAGCUGCAGCUGCAAGCGGAGCUGGUGACCAAAUCAUAUCAGCCGAGCUUCAUUCCCACCAUUGUCUACAAUGGCGUAUUCAAUCAGCAGCUGCAGGACCAUUCGCUUCGCGAUUUCCGCGGCACGGUAUGCCAUUUGUUGCGUCAACAAAACUUGCUGCCCAGCGGCUCCCCACUCUGCCAGUGAAGCCCAGUCCAGUCUAGUAAAUGUACAUACAAUGCAAUGUAAAACUGCCACAACUUUGGAAUGAAAUUAAAUAUUCAGAAACUG